GUUUUCUCAUCCUAGGUGCAAGAGGCUGCUUUGAGAACAAUGCCAGACAUUGUUGUGGCUACUCCAGGACGCAUGAUAGACCAUUUACGCAAUGCUAUGUCCGUGGAUUUGGAUGAUCUUGCUGUUCUAAUCCUUGAUGAGGCAGAUCGUCUAUUGGAGCUUGGAUUUAGUGCUGAAAUUCAAGAACUUGUUCGCUUGUGUCCCAAAAAAAGGCAGACUAUGUUGUUUUCAGCAACAAUGACUGAGGAGGUUGAUGAACUUAUUAAACUUUCCCUGUCGAAGCCCUUGCGUCUUUCUGCUGACCCAUCUACAAAACGGCCAGCAACCUUGACCGAGAAUUAA